CUGACAGAAGAUUCAAUGUUUAUAGUGAUGGAUUGGGCAAUGAAGUUCCUACAGCGGCGAUUUCGUGAAAAGCAGUGCGACUGGUAUGCUAAGAGGGGAAUGAACUGGCACGUUAGCUGUGCUGUCACGAGUGAUGGAAAGGGGAAUUUUUUCGUUUCGUUCUACAACCACCUAUUCAACAGCUGUUCACAGGAUUGGUUCUCUGUGCUGUCCAUCUUGGAGAGUCUCCUAAUCACCAUUCGCUCCUCAUAUCCAAAGGUGAAGAAGGCUUACUUCAAAUAAGACGAAGCCGGCUGUUAUCACAGUAGCCAGCUUAUUGUUGCCGCCCGUGAUGUUGGAGAGCGUGUAGGUGUGUCACUUCAGAGAUACGACUUUUCUGAGCCAGUCUGGGAAAGACGUAUGUGACAGGAUCCUAUGCCCCUUGAAAGGUGCCAUAAGGAGAUACUGUAACGAAGGCCACGACGUUCUCACUGCCAGUGAUAUGCACACAGCGCUCAAAGAAAGACCAGUUCAAGGAUGUACCGCAGCUCUAUGUCGCGUAAAUGAAACAAAGAAAGAUUUAGAUAUCAAGAAACUCCAGCAAUUUAGUGCCAUGCACGACUUUUCAUAUCAACAAGACGGGCUCAGAGUGUGGAAGGCAUUCCAAGUUGGCCCUGGCAAACUCAUUCCGUGGAAUGAAAUUUACAUUAAGCAUCAAGGCGCCACCGAUCUCACAACAGAACAGGAGAAUUUUGGCUUCACUCCGAGAGUAACGCAUGGAAGCGCGCAUGAUAGUGGUGAUGCGGAAAGCAGCUGUGAAUUGGGGCUAGUGUUGGAAUGCCCAGAACCAGCAUUUGCUAGGAUAUUCAAAUCUGUCGAAGAAAUGGAGUUUCACAUAUCUGUUGGACAACAUACAGAGAGUGUGUACGACAAACUCAAACUAGGCUGUGUUGAAAAAUUCUCAUCCCUUACCCUUUCAGAAGACGACAGUACCAAUUUUAUCGAGAGACACGGUAGCGAACCUUUCCAGUCGAAUUUAAGUGAAGGAUGGGCACUUCAUAAGCCUAAAGGUGGCGCUGUUCGCUUCUCAGAGAAAUUAAGGCAGUAUCUCACCUCCAAGUUUGAAGUUGGUGAACAAUCUGGAAGGAAAGAGGAUCCGCGACGAGUCUCGCAAGAUAUGAGGAAAGCGAAGGGGGAACAAGGGGAGCGCCGGUUUUCCCGGGAAGAGUGGCUAACCAAAGCCCAAAUACAAGGAUUUUUCUCCCGUUUGUCCUCCUCGAGAAAAAGACGGGCAGGUCCGUCUCUGAGCACCGCGAUUGACGAUAAAUCUGACGAGGAAUUAAUUGACGAGGAAGAAGUGAGUCACAUGACCACUGUCGAAUCAGCUGUAACCGAAAUUGGCUUAACGCAUCCUAUUGUCUAUGACUUUUAUGACUUGUGUGACUACGUCAAGAAGGAAAAAUUGAACUAUUUGACUGUUUCCAUGCUUAAGGAAAUCUGUACUUUCUUCGAGCUCCCAUUUAAGUCUAGAGAUUCCAAAGCUGUUCUAAUGUCAAAAAUAAAGGAAAUGGCCCAUGAAUGCCAGUGCUCAGUGGAAGGAUAAUUACACCAUAAAGCAGUGACGCAAUGGCCCUUGUUGCUUUUGCUUUGACUUUGUGACGUGUUUUUGUCACAAUUUGAAUAGACACGCGUCUUUCUUAUGUACUAUUUUAACGGGAAACCAAACAGUAUCAUUUUAUUUCCAAGUAGGUAUAUAUUCAGUCGUUCUUAGCGACCA